GGCUGGAGGAUUAUCAUCAAAAUCUCGGAAUGGUAUCGCCUGAGGAACCUAUCCACUCACUCAGACUGGAUCUGGCAAUUCUAGAAGCUGAUUUCAUGCCAAUUUUUAUCAUCAAAACAGGUUCAAAAGCGCUCGAUUUCGAUAUUGUGUUCUGCAACGCAGCUUUUCGAACCAAUAAUUUCCCGAUGUCCGUACAGGCCGAGGACAGGUCGGCGCUUUUAUUUCGAUCGUGGGCGCAGGCGUUGGGGAACUUCAAACCACGAUAUGAAUUUUUAUGUAGCAUAUGGUUUGCGGAGGUUGCAGGAGCCACUGGUGGCUGGAAAUUGAUCAGGAUGAUAGAGGUUGUCUCGAAACAUCAGGACUUCGGAACUAAUGAAUGCAUAAAGAGAGCAGGAUUGGAGGAUGCUUCUGCGAUGUUAGGAUUAAGUCCCAGCUACAGGCGCUCUACACAAGAAUUCAUGGAAGACGUUGAGCUAGACAGACCGGUUUUGCUUCGAAGCAUACCACGGACUAAUCUGAGCGCACGCUGGGAAGGCAUUCAGACUAUGAUGGAGAUGAGCGACGUUGGAGUCUUCGAGUACAACGCUGAGGGGAAGUUGCUACAUGCGAAUGAGGCAUGGUAUAGAUUGAGUUCUCACCCUAAGGAUUUACCUGCUCACGUCGACUAUUCUUUCAUGGACCUUGUGUACCCAGAGGACCGGGCUACCGUCAUGUUGAUGUGGAACACACUCACCCAAGGCCACCCAGUAACAUUUGAAAUGCGGUGGAAGCCACGAGCCGGUACCGACGACAUCGCACAAUGGGUAUUAUCAGCCUGCGUCCCAGUCAUCGACGAUGAAGGAAAUUUGAUCAGCAUUGCUGGCAACACAAUCGACAUCAACGCACAGAAAAGAACGCAAGAAGCAGCUCAAGCGCGAGUAGAAGCUCUUGAACAGGCAAGACUGUCAGAACUGAAGUUUGCCAGAUUCGCACAGCUCUCACCUACCGCAAUCUAUAUCUUUGUUCCACAGAGUGGAAUGACGUUUGUUAACGAUCAAUUCUUUGAGCUUACUGGCUGUCCACACGCACCGAUUGAUCAGUCUAAAUGGUUCGAAGCAAUAGCGGACGAAGACAUAGGUCGGGUAGAGGAAGACUGGGCUAAUAUGCUGGAAGGUAAAAAAUCUGAUGGAAUUCAAUUUCGCUUGAAAAAGCAAUGGAUUAACCAGGACGGGAUUCGCUCAAAUAUUUGGGUACAGAGCUCAAGCUAUCCAGAGCUGAACGGAAGCGGAAAAGUGAUGAGUAUCAUGGGAACGCUUUUCGAUAUAUCGCAGUUCAAAUGGGCAGAGAGUGUGCAACGCCGAAGAAUAGAGGAGGCCCUAGAAGCGAAACGGCAACAAGAGAAUUUCAUCGAUAUGACUUCUCACGAGCUGCGUAAUCCAUUAUCUGCUGUGGUACAAUGCGCGGAUUCGGUCAUUGCAUCUCUUCAACAAAUGCCAUUUCAACAGCUGGCUGGAUCGCAGCUAGACGCUGACAUUAAUAAAACGCAAGCGGAAUUGGGAAUAUGCAUCGACUCGCUACAAACCAUCGUUUCCUGCUCUCUGCAUCAGAAGCGAGUCAUCGACGAUGUGCUUACACUGUCGAAGCUGGAUUCUAACUUGAUCCUUAUCACGCCUGUGAGGGUACAGCCGGCCCUAAUAGUAUCGGACGCUCUGAAAAUGUUUGACGUUGAGUGCAGCCAAGCAGACAUCAGCCUCGAGCUUAGGGAAGACGAGAGUUUCGAGGGCAUGGAUUGGGUGAUGCUGGAUCCGUCACGUCUGCUACAGAUCCUUAUCAACCUCCUUACCAAUGCCAUCAAGUUCACAAAAGAUCGCGCUACGAGAGAGAUCUUGGUCACUCUUGGCGGGUCGUGGCAUCGGCCUACAAGGAUUUGGCCAGAUAUCACCUUUACGAACGGUGACAGGCCUGCACAGGACCUCCUUGACAAGAUGGAAUGGGGUAAGGGGCGGCAAUGUCAUCUGUGGCUCAAAGUAACAGAUACCGGAUGUGGGAUGAGCGAGGAAGAACAGAAGAAACUGUUUAGCCGAUUCUCUCAGGCUACCCCUCGUACGCAUGUACAAUACGGCGGCUCUGGUCUUGGUCUUUUCAUAUCCAAAUCGCUCUCAGCUCUUCAGGGUGGCGCCAUAGGCGUUCAUUCUGAAAAGAAUGUCGGUUCCGCUUUCGCUUUCUACGUCAGCGCGCGACUCGCAAAUCCACCAGCUAGCCAGCUAGUAGGUCCUGCCGGCAGGCCCCGUCCAGGGCUGCAAAGAAUGGCGUCUGCCGAGGAUGCAAUGAGGAAGGUGAAGCUCAAUGUGCUCAUCGUGGAAGAUAAUGUAGUGAACCAGAAGGUCCUUCAAAGGCAACUGCAGAAGUUUGGUUGGACCAUCAGCGUUGCAGGUAAUGGGGAAGAAGCGCUGGAGUGGCUGAAAGGGAGUAUUUACUGGCGAGUAGGCGACGGGAAAAGAGAUGAAAAUGGUACGAAUGUAGGAACACCUACAAAAAACAAACCGGCUAAGAGAAAACACGAACUCGACAUCAUUCUCAUGGACAUCGAAAUGCCAAUCAUGGACGGCCUGACUUGCGCCCGCUUGAUUCGUGAUUACGAAGCACAAGGGUUCCUCGCGCCUCCUCCUCCUCCGCCAUCCAGACCGACUCGACAGCUCUCCACGUCCUCUCUGUCACCCAUCUCUUCGUCCCACGAGCCUAGCGCUUCCUUAGGACCGAUCAAGGAACAAGGCGCUGGGCUCCCAAUUCUAGCGGUGAGCGCCAAUGCAAGAAUUGAGCAGGUUGAGCAUGCUCUUGCGGCAGGUAUGGACGACGCGAUUUCGAAGCCGUUCAGAAUACCAGAACUGUGGCCUAAGAUGAAGGGCUUGAUCAAGAGGAUCGCGGAGGAUGUGGGCGAGAGGUAGUGUCCGUGGCGUUGGCGCUGAGAUACUGGUCUUUAUAUAGUAGGUUCACGUUUCCAUAGGGCAUGGCAUCAUGUCAUACAAUGAGUGGGCGCCGUUGUUGUUAGUAAUGAAAUGAGCUUGGGAGUCAUACCAAAGUAACAAGCUCGAAGUUCUUAUUAUCAAGCCACG